AUGGCUGCAAUCUCAUUGCAUGUGAACAUAUGUUGGAAAGUGAUUCUAUGGAUGGUUGCUCUUAUAACUCUUUCAUUCCGAAUUUUGACUGCUAUUCAGAGGGAAAGGCAGCUGGAAGUAAAUUUACUAGCAAUGCAGAUGGAGUUGGAAAAUCUUGUGUGAGAGAGGAAAGAACUCGAGGAGCGUUACCGUAAAGCAGUCAAAGAACGGAAAAUGUUGGAAUUCAUUUUAUCUGAACUUGAAGACGAGCGUGAGAAGACCAUGGCAAGACUUGAAGUGUUAGAGGACGAGGUUUGUUUCCUUUUCAAUGUUGAAGCAAUUGGCCUGAUUCUUCCAUGUAUGAAAACUGAAAAUCUUCGGUUAAAGGAAAUUCAGGGCAAGGAACUUUGGAACUUUAGAGUUCAGGCAGAAUCUGGAAAUGGCCUAAACAGCCGCAGAGGUGACAACUACGGUGUUCCUCAUGAUACCCCGCCAUCAAAAUCCAGCUACAAUGGAAGCAGUGCAUUCUUUCGGGAGCUUUUGAUGCACCAAGAUUCAUGGGAAGGGGACAGGAAAAGCAUAGACUCACUGCUCAACGUACUAAGCAGUACGAGUCCCGACUGCUUUAUUUCGCCCGAUAUGGAAAUGAACAGGGCUCUCGCCCAGCAGAGGGAAGUUGCAUUGAAGCGGAGUCUCUUCAGUUCGGUGUUAUCUUUUAUGGUCGGCAUGACAAUUUGGGAAGCUGGAGACCCGUGCAUGCCGCUCGUGAUGGCGCUCUUCACUGUUGUUGGCCGCAUGUCACUGGUGAGUGUGGUUCAGCUUUUCUCCACUAUAAAAAACAAACCUGCUUCUGAUGCAGUUGCUCUCUUGAGCUUGAACUGGUUCAUACUCGGCGCGCUUUCUUAUCCGACUCUUCCAAGGUUUGCUCGAAUUUUAGUCCCCGCAAUUGUGAGUAUGUUGGACCGGACAAUAAGGUGGCUUGGUGCUUCUUCCCAAUAGCUAAAGUACGUGUUUUAAGAGUAUUUUGUGCAUUUUGGAGAAGCUUUACUUUUGUUCCUGUUUGCUUCCCUUGACAGUCGCUAUAUACAAGAUGAUCUUGUAACGCGGUAAAGAAACAGGUUUUCAACAUUUUAUAUGUACUUUA